AUGUCACUUCUCCUAUGGUGUAAUAACAACUUGUUCUGGGUGCUACUGAGGCACAUUAGAUUGCAUCACUUCAACAUCAGAAAUCCAUUCAAGGCUUUUUUCCAGGCUCUCUGGUGGGUGCUAUUGGGAAUAUUUCUGCUUUGCUCUCCAGCACAUUGUUCUGUCUUUAAGAUUGGACUGCUUGGACCCUGGAAAUGUGACCCGUUCUUUUCCAAAGCCUUUCCCCAUGUGGCUGCCAGGUUAGCUGUGGGACGAAUAAGCAAAGAUCCUUCACUAGAUCUUGGCCACAGCCUGGAUUAUGUGAUCCUGCAAGAAGAAUGUGAGACAUCAAGAGCUCUGGUUAGAUUCAUUGACUUUGGAAAGCUUUCCUCAGCUUUCACAGGCCCUCUAAACCCUGGUUUCUGUGAGGUGGCUACGCAUUUAGGGGAAAACUGGAAUAAAGCUAUCUUCUCAUGGAUGUGCAUUAAUUAUAAGCUGGAUUCCACCAUUCAUCACCCUAUGUUUCCAAGGACCCUCCCGUCUCCAACUCAAGUUUUGUUUACAGUAAUGAAAUAUUUUAACUGGGCUCAUGUUGGCAUCAUUGCAUCCAAUGAGGAUAUUUGUAUUUACACAGCCAACAACUUAGCAAGUGCAAUCAGGAACCAGGGGCUGCAUGUAGGCAUUGUUACAUCCAUGCAUAAAGGAGAAAAAGGCAUUGAAGACACAUGGAAUGAGAUUAAAGAAGUUAAGGACAUUAAAAUUAUACUCCUGUGCAUGCAUUCUGUUCUCAUUGGAGGGGAGGAACAGGCCGCCUUACUCACAAAAGCUCUGGAAAUGGGACUAGCAGAUGGAAGAUAUGUCUUUGUUCCAUAUGACACUUUACUGUACAGUCUUCCAUACCAAAACAACUCAUUCAACAUCUUCAAUAAUGACAGCAAGCUCCAGAAAGCAUAUGAUGCUGUGCUGACUAUCACACUGGAGUCUAGAGAAAGGACUUUUUAUGAUGCAUUCAGGGAAGCUAAAGAAAGUGGUGAAAUAACCAGGGAUCUGGAAGCCACACAGGUUUCUCCACUCUUUGGAACAAUAUAUGAUGCUGUUUACUUCAUGGCAAUGGCUCUAGACAGUGCCCGGAGGAAAGGAGUCAGAGUCUCAGGAGCUAACAUAGCUGAGCACACAAAAAACUUCAGUUUCCCUGGAUUUAGUCACUGGGUAGAGACAGACAGCUGUGGGAAGGGGCUGAGCAACUAUGUGAUACUGGACACAGAUGGUCAUGGGAACCAGCUCUUCCCAACCCACAUGACAUCUUUGGACUUUGUGUUGUCCCUAGGCCAGGCCAUCCACUUUCCCAAUGAAGUUCCACCCAAGACAGACUCCAGCUGUUGGUUUGAUCCAGAUGUUCUCUGCACAGAAGGGAUAGAGCCUGCAGUCAUUAUGUUGGGAGUAAUGCUGACAUUUGCCCUGUCAUUGUGUGCUGUGGGCCUGGCUUCUCUCAUCAGGCAGAGUAUCUUGAACAACCAGUUUUUCAAGGGUCCGAACAAGAUAAUACUGACCUUGGAUGAUCUCAUCUUCAUCAACCCAGAUCUACAUAGAAAGAGGCUGACCUUGGACAGUAUGAUUGACGCAAACAGCAUAGCAGUCAAUGGCAGAAGCCUGAAAUCCAUAACUCGUUCCUUUUCCUUGAAAAGCACAACUGCCAUCCAUGAAACCUCCAAUGUGGCUUCGUAUGAGGGAGACUGGGCGUGGCUGAAAAAAUUUGAGAUGGGAGCAGUUCACAAUCUGCAGUAAAGCUCCACCAGCAUCUUAAGGAAGAUGAAAGAUUUGCAUCAUGAAAAUGUAAAUCUGUUCCUGGGCUUUUUCUCUGACUGUGGCAUCUUUACCAUAGUGACGGAGUACUGCUCUCAAGGAAGCCUGGAGGACUUGCUGAGAAAUGAAGAUAUGAAACUGGACUGGAUGUUCAAGUCCUCUCUCAUGAUGGAUCUAAUUAAAGGAAUUAGAUAUUUGCAUCACCGAGAUUUUGCCCAUGGACAUCUCAAGUCUCAUAACUGCGUUGUGGAUGGCCGGUUUGUGCUGAAGAUCACUGACUAUGGUUAUAAUGAGCUCUUAGAAGCACAGAAAUGUCCAUAUAUUCAGCCACUCCCACAGGAAUUGCUCUGGACAGCUCCUGAGUUACUGAGGGAACCAGACAUGCACAGAAAAGGCACAUUCAAAGGGGACAUUUACAGCUUUGCAAUAAUCUUACAAGAGGUGGUUACUCGGGGUCCACCAUACUGCACAUCAGAACUCUCAGCUGAAGAAAUUAUAAAAAAAGUGAAGAAGCCCCCUCCGUGCCACCCAAGCAUAGCCCCUGAGGCAGCUCCCCUGACAUGCCUCCAGAUAAUGAAGCAAUGCUGGGCUGAGGCCCCGGAGCAACAUCCAACCUUUGAGGAGGUAUUUCAUAAGUUCAAAGCCAUCAACAAAGGGAAAAAGACCAAUAUAACUGAUUCAAUGCUCAGGAUGCUUGAGCAGUAUUCAAGCAGCCUAGAAGGUUUAAUCAGGGAGCGGACUGAAGAGCUAAAGAAUGAAAAACAGAAGACAGAAAUGCUACUGUCACAAAUGCUUCCACCAUCAGUGGCAGAAGCCCUUAAGACUGGCAGCACUGUAGAACCAGAGCAUUUUGACCAGGUGACCAUCUACUUCAGUGACAUUGUGGGCUUCACAUCCAUCUCAGCCUUCAGUGAACCCAUUGAAGUAGUUGACCUUCUGAACAACCUUUCCACAUUAUUUGAUGCUGUUCUUAGAAACCAUGACGUUUACAAGGUGGAGACAAUUGGUGAUGCCUACAUGGUCGCUUCAGGGCUCCCAAAACGGAAUGGAAACAAGCACGUGGCUGAGAUAGCCAACAUGUCCUUGGACAUCCUCAGCUCAGUAGGAACAUUCAAAAUGAGACACAUGCCAGACUUUCCUCUCAGGAUACGAAUCGGGCUGCAACCAGGGCCUUGUGUGGCAGGUGUGGUGGGGCUAACCAUGCCACGGUACUGCCUCUUUGGAGACACAGUGAACACGGCAUCACGAAUGGAGUCCACCGGCCUCCCUUACAGAAUUCAUGUCAGCCAAAGUACAGUGGAUACGCUUUGGAGUCUGAAUGAAGGCUAUGAAAUCACACCUAAGGAAAAAACAGAACUGAAGGGUAAAGGAGUAGAAGACACAUAUUGGCUGACUGGAAAAAAAGGCUUUCUGAAGCCCUUACCUAAACCUCCUGAAAUAAAGCCAAGGUAUGUAGCUCAUGGGUUACUCCCAGAAGAAAUUGCAGAGUUCAAAAGGAGGAAAGCUGAAAAACUCCUUGGCAAAAGGGCCUAG